ACCAGCCAGACCUUGCGGUGUCCUCUCAUGUUCUCCUGCUGCUAGUAAACAACGUUCCUCACAUGGGGAGGGGCCGCGACCCUUGCUUGUUUGGAUCCAUUUUUAAAUAUUGGUGCUGAAGCCUCUUGCUGUGGCAGGACUCUUGUAGUGAGGGGUGUAAACAAAGCAUCAUCUGCAGCUCUCCUGCGUGAACAUCUUGUUCCUUUAUCCUUGAAGUUCUUUCCCCCACUAGACAACAUCCCUGCAGCGUGCAUGUGAGCGUCUUGCUCAUGUUCCAGCUGCUGUUUAAUCACAUGUCACCGUCUAAUACAGGAGUCAGUCAUCUUGAUGAAGAUGAGACCUUCACGGGUGUCUACGGAGCCCUUCGCUGGCACUGGCUUCAUCUCUGUCUUGUCUCAAUGUGUCCAGAACACGGUCACGCAUGAGUACAUCGCUCUUGCACUUGCCAAACACAUUUCCUAGAAAUGCUGGGAUGGCUUCAGCUGUUAAAAUUCUGCUGUAUUUUACAUUGUCAUUUGUCAUUUUGGUAUCAGUAAAUAGUGGGCCGUAUUUGUCUAAUUUAUAUCAUGAAAACAAUUCUUCCAGUUGUAGUUGUGUUGAAAAUGGCUUUCAGAUGACACUGACCAUGCUAAAAUGAAUACAUUUUUACAGUUUUUAAAUAUUACUGACGCUACUCAUCUAAUUUGGAAUUUAUUUACAUAAACAUGAAGCUAUAUUCCAGUCACAGUAUACAAAUAUCUGUUUAUAAUGUCGAAAAGCAAGUCUCACCAUUAACAAAAAGUCAUUUUAAAGGUGUUUGUUGAUUCCUUUUGUUAUGAGAUGUUAUUUGGGGGUGUUAAAUGAGUGUGAAACGGCGUGGCAAAUGUUCCUGCUGGAUUCCCUGGAACAAACCGAACACCCCUUUAAUUGGUAGUCGGAGCAGGAUCGGCCUCACCAGCUGUAAAUGUCAUUUCAUUUUUACAGGCGAGCCCUUGCUCCCGUGCAGCUCAGGAACCUUUAAGACACGCUUGACUUCGGUGUUUUGGCCGCACGCUGCCGACAGGAUCCCUUUAGGUCUGGAGGAGUGUGGAGGGGGGGGGUGUGUGUGUGUGUGACAUAUGACGAAACGUGAGGCGGAUUUAGAUGGUGUGCAGAAGCAAUGUACUUUUCUCAUUACGGCAGAUGUGUUUAUGUGCCACGUGUCUGCGCAGGACUUAAUGAAUCAACCGCCGGCAAUUAACUGGUUUAAUAGAAGAGGCAGAGCUGUUUAUCUUUUCAAGGCAAAGGCUGAAAAUGUGAUGUUUUGAGAGUGAAUAUUUAUGCAACUCUUAUUCACUUAUUAUUUGUCCCAAGCUUCCAUCGAUUGACUUUUACAUUCAUUAUUUAAAAAAAAAAAAGCUUUCAUGAAACGCUGUUGUCUUCAAGUAACCUUCGGCCUGAAAACCCGAUUGUUAUUGCACUGCUCCUGUUCCAGUGAUGCCAGCGCUGAUGAAAAAGCGAGUGCGUCACCGGUGCUGACGAAACAUUCCUCCACUCCUGUGACGCCAGAGCCUGCUCCGCCUGCAGACCCGGGCAGCAGCUGUAGUAGUGUGCAGGACUGCAAUGCUCUGUGCUGCCAGCUCACUGGCUGGCAUGCUCACCAGUCACAUGGCAUCUUACUGCUACACAACUGGAGAGUCGGGCUUGAAAAGGCUGGUGACUCUUUUCAUUUCAUUCUUGCUCAGAAAUGAUGUCUCGUGCCUCUAUGUGGCUCUGAAUUGCUGAUAGCAUCAAGAAAAGCUCCGCUGUUUUAUCGCUCUACUAAAAUCCAUGGACACGGAUAAAAAAAUGCUGGAAAAGUCCUGGAUUUCCAUAAAAUCUUGACACAGGUUGUUUUUCUAACUAAGAAAAUGAAGUCCUCUAUUAGCCGAUUGAAGCUGCAGAUGCUUUCCCCCCCACCAGUUUGACCAUGGCACUGAGCUAUUCGCCGAAAUAGCUCCAGAUUGGUUCUUGGCGGCGGCCUCGUCCAACUCAAAGCCUGUCAUUUGCAUGUUAAAACAUCAGCAGAUGGAUAUUUGGUAACUGGCACGGAGACCAGAGCCUCUGCACUUGCAGCUGGAGCCGUGUGAGGGUUCAGCAUUAUCAAUCCGUGGGGAGCCUCAGAAGCUCCACGGGCACAGCAUCAUAGUAAGUCAAAGUUACCUCCGGGGAGUUGCUGCUUCUGAGGCAUUCGUGGUCUUAAACAGCCCAUAAUAAUCCCCUGCUUUUGCCAGUGGCAGCAUGGGAAGCAGAGAGAUGAAGGGUGCAUCAGUAGAACAUAAUGUUCCCUAGAAAAGUACUAGUCAUAUCAAGUGCUUCUUAUCUUGGCUGCCAUUUAGAAUGUUUAGGAAAAUAAGUGCCCAACUUUGACUCACACAUUUAUAACCCCCCAUCUCUGUUUAACUUGCAUGGCGUGGGGAUUAUGGUUUGCAUCGUACGGUCUGUAUUUUUUUGCGCUCAUUUCUCAUCUCAGGAUUAUUAAUCUCAAUAGUUUCCUGUCUUUUAAUCGCAAAUAAGAAUUUAAAAACAUACUUUAUUGGGUUAUGUUAUUAUAUAUUUGUGCUUUUCUGUCUGGGUUGCAUCUGGAGGGAAAAAAGACACAAUGUUUUGGGCUCCUCCUGAGUUUAUAGACAGAGGAAGGUUGAUAACUUUUCACCCCAAAUCUCUUCUACUUUACUCGCAUUUCAAAUAUUAAAUCACUAUGUAUACUUUUCCCCCAGGCUGCAUGUAAAGCAUCACUGCUUACAUGUAUUUUAAAGCACGUUUUUCCAGGUUAACAUGAUCGUGUUCACCUGGCCCCGCCCACCUUGCCCAUCUCCACCGCUCGCCGUUCCUUGAGUCUUGAACGGGCCAUGUGCCAAUCCGCCUGACAGCACAAUCUGCCGCGGUGUACAGAGCUCAUCCUCAUGCAAAAGGAAAAAAAAACAUGUGAGAUUAUCGCUCUGUUGCCCUUCAUCGGAAACUCGCAUGUUUGAGGAAGCUUCUCUUCAACCCCUGUAAUCCAAUCGUCCUGCUGACAGGACGAAUUUGAUUCCCCGUAUAAGUAACAAGAUCAACAGGGAGAGCAGAUUACACCGGAAUCCCCUGUUAUAUCUCGGCCUUGCUGUGUUGAGUGUGGUGAAGGUAUGUUGUGGGAAAGAGUGUAGAAAUGGAGUACCUCAUAGAAAAGUAAUGCUACUGAACAGCUGUAUUUAGUAGUGAACAGUUCAAUAACCUGCUGUAGUGUCUGACUCGGUGCAACCUAACGCGUCCACCAGGGGGAGAAGUUUCUCAGCUUGUCUCAGCAGCAACCUAUUGGUCACCAAUGCACGCGUGUGUCCAGAGUAGUUUUCUGUUCAUUGCUAUGCGUUCUGAUUGACAUCCUCAUUUGUAUUCACCUCCCUUUUCAUGAAGCAGUGACCUGACAUCCUGUGGAGAGAUAUGGGGUCAUGGCGAACCCCCCUCAGGGCAGCUGGUCAGUGAUUGACUGGCCUCUCGUCGUGAAGGGGCUUCGAUGUUAAAUAUUAGAACAUGGCCGUGUGCUGUGCUUGUUACACGGUGCUUUCUGUGGAACCUACCUGAUCCAUUUGGACCUUUUUGGGGGGAGUGAAGGAGGUUUUGGAGGCGUACUUUACAUCUCCGUCAGCCAAACAUGAGCUUUGGCCUGCAACGAAAGGCAGAUCAUUAACCCUGAUAUGCUGUGUAUCAUGACCAGAGAGGCUCCUCUGAAGUCAACUCUCUGGCAGUAACCGUCCCCGUCUUCCUUCCGCUUGACCUCAGAGAGUGAAUUACAGCUCUAUAUCGCUGUUGUCACUUUACCUGCACUUAUUUCCUCCCCUCCCGAUGCAUCUUUACUCACUUAUAAAUAAUGUAGAACAUUCAGAGAGCGGGAAAUAAGACUGUCGGGAGACUGUUUAUGGUAAUGGCGAUGAGCAGCGAAGGGGAGGAAAAGACAAAUGAGCUGCGAAAACUCUCGGCCAGUUGAAGAGGGUGGAUUAAUAAAUUCCGCCUGUGCCCGCUCUCUCUGUAGUAAACAGUGGCUGCGAUGAGCGUGACUGUUUGUAGGCAGCAAAGAUUUUGGUGGCUCUGUAUAUGUGGUGUUUUUGUGUUUGCCCCGUGGCUGAAUAUUGAUGAGAGGCCUCUCCUCACCCCCUUCCUGAACAAUGUUGGGACAGGGUGGCACUGAAUCCGACUCAAGAGAAAGAGCGGCUCUGUCUUCCUCAACAAAUAUCACCCGUGGAAAGCUGCGUUUUGUACUGAACCUCGACUGUUUAGGCUUUAAAUUCUAGUAUAAAUAAGUUGUAGAAUGAUUCAACUGUGGUUUCAAAUCAUGCAGAUCCAAAUAUGAACCCAUGAGAGAUGUAUGUCGUAAGUCAGGUGUGUAUAUUUUAGGUGUUUUACUUUAUGUGAUUGGGAGAACCUCAUCUGGCCGCACAACAUUGCAGCAGCCCCUCCCUACUGAAGUGGCUGACCAAUCACGGCAUCUCUCCGAGACAUCCAUUUGAAGCUUGGGUAGUAUGCUUCUGUUGCCCGGCAACCAGAAUCGGCACAUUUCUGGGAGGUCCUGCAUGGACGGUCGUGGCUGUGAGGGACGCAGACGCAGGCGAGAGCUGGACAGAUGAUGCUGCUGAGCUGAGGAAAGUCCAGCGAGGAAGUUUGAGGAGGAGCUACUGUGGGGAUCUCUUCUCAGUCUGCGCUUGCUCUUCCUGGGAGUUUCAGGGACUGACAUUCCUUUACCUGUGAUUGCUUCUGCCGUGACGUCUCUGAAGACCUGAGGCGCUCUGCUGCCUCUGGAAGCGCCGGAACAGACCGACUGACCUGGAUAGAAGCUAAACAGAGACCAAAUAUAGAGCUUCCUUUUAAUGCUUCAUGAGGAGUUUUUGGUCCAAUUUCAGCCUCAAGGGCAAACUAGCCCUGAAUUUCUGGGGUGGGCAGCGACUGAGACAGGUCCAGGAGUGAUGUGGUUCCUCUUGGCAGGUUACGGCACUCCGGCUGUCGUCCAGUGGUGAAGCAACGGCUGCCCACGAGUGGAAUUAAUUGACUGGAGAAAUGAGCCUCUUUAUUCGGUACGGAGGUUCUGUUCUGGUGGCGUCCUGAGCUGAAGAUGUGGAAGUUUAAAUCCUUCUGCUUGGAUUACUGGCACGUGCUUUGCUUGCACCCGCACAGCAACUUUUACAAGAGUGUGGAAGGGGAUGGGCGGCCCAGUGAGAGCCAUUCCUUGGACGGGGGAGCGGGCUACAGCCAGGGACCGGUGACUCACGGAUCGGCCAUCAGCCCUGACCGGUUCGACGGCCCCAUCUACAGCCACGGUGUUCAACCUGGGCCUCAGCGUCUGCGUCGGCCCAAGCUCCAGCACUCGCAGUCCAUCCUCCGAAAGCAGGCGGAGGAGGAAGCCAUCAAGCGCUCUCGCUCGCUCUCAGAGAGCUAUGAACUCUCCGCCGACCUCCAGGACAAACAGGUGGAGAUGCUGGAGCGUAAAUAUGGCGGACGAUUCAUAACCCGCCAUGCUGCCCGCACCAUCCAGACAGCAUUCCGUCAGUAUCAGAUGAACAAGAACUUUGAACGCCUCAGGAGCUCUAUGUCUGAGAACCGCAUGUCCCGACGCAUCGUUCUCUCCAACAUGAGGAUGCAGCUUUCGUUCGAAGGGGCUGAGAAGGUGCACAGCUCCUACUUUGAAGGGCGGCAGGUUUCCAUGACCGAGGAUGGCGCCCCGUUGUCCGUGAUGCAGUCGGAGCGCGGAGACAUCGAGGUCCACCAGCCGGGGAACAUGUCCUCGCACCCAGCCCAGCAGGCGGACCUGUCGGACGCCAUCACGGAGCUAGAGGAUGCGUUUUCCAGGCAGGUCAAGUCCCUGGCUGAGUCGAUCGACGACGCACUGAACUGUCGCAGCCUUCAGGGCGACGAGGGUCCUGAACCCGAAUCCAUGGGCUGCCACGACAUUGACCGGGAUCUGCCAUAUCAGGUAAAGUCCCACAGACGGACGAGCGGGCGCCAUCACGAUGAAGCCAUGUCGUCCUACAGCGACGUUACCUUGUUCAUCGAUGAGGAGGACAUGCGCCCCGCGCAUGCUCUGUCCAGGUCGGGGGACCAGCCCUCCAGCACAGAGUCGGACAUCAGGUUGCGUUCAGUCAACUCCUCGCAGGAUUACUGGCCCAUUGACUGUAAAGACGAGGGCCGUGACACGGACACAAGCUGCCGCAGCACCCCCUCCCUGGAGUGCCAGGAGCAGCGUCUUAGAAUGGACCACCUUCCCUUGUUGACUAUUGAACCUCCUAGUGACAGUUCAGCGGAGCACAGCGACCGCUCCGAACGUGGCUCCGUCAAGAGGCCGCCAGUGUACGAGCCGCACGGCCACAUCGUGACGUCCUCCCAAGCGAGCCCCAAACAUAUUUCCCACGGACCCCCGCCGCGCGCCCCAUCCCGGGAUGAUGACGCGCCCUUGCGCCACCGCCACAGGCAGCUCGAGAGCCACCUAGCUAUCAACGGCUCAGCAAACCGGCAGAGUAAGUCGGAAUCCGACUUUUCCGACGGCGACAACGACAGCAUCAACAGCACUUCCAACUCCAAUGACACCAUCAACUGCAGCUCAGAGUCCUCUUCCAGAGACAGUCUUCGCGAACAAACGCUCAGCAAGCAGACUUACCACAAGGAGACUCGCAACAGCUGGGACUCACCUAUCUUCAGCAACGACGUCAUCCGCAAGAGACAUUAUCGCAUAGGACUAAACCUCUUUAACAAGAAGCCAGAGAAGGGCAUCCAGUACCUGACAGAGAGGGGCUUCAUCCCCGACACGCCGGUGGGCGUGGCGCACUUCCUGCUACAGAGGAAGGGUCUGAGUCGGCAGAUGAUCGGAGAAUUUCUGGGAAACCGACAGAAGCAGUUCAACAGGGAUGUUCUAGACUGUGUGGUCGAUGAGAUGGACUUCCAGAGCAUGGAGCUGGAUGAGGCCCUCAGGAAAUUUCAGAAUCACAUCCGUGUCCAGGGCGAGGCACAGAAGGUGGAGAGACUCAUCGAGGCCUUCAGCCAGCGCUACUGCAUCUGCAACCCCACGGUGGUGCGACAGUUCCGGAACCCAGACACCAUCUUUAUCCUGGCUUUUGCCAUCAUCCUGCUUAACACCGACAUGUACAGCCCCAACGUCAAACCAGAGAGGAAGAUGAAGCUGGAGGACUUCAUCAAGAAUCUCAGAGGUGUGGACGACGGCGAGGACAUCCCACGAGAGACUCUAGUUGGGAUCUAUGAGAGGAUCCGUAAGCGAGAGCUGAAGACCAAUGAAGACCACGUGUCCCAGGUCCAGAAAGUAGAGAAGCUGAUUGUGGGAAAGAAGCCAAUCGGAUCCCUCCAUCACGGCUUGGGAUGUGUGCUGUCUCUGCCUCACCGCCGCUUGGUGUGCUACUGCCGCCUGUAUGAGGUACCGGACCCAAACAAGCUCCAGAAGUUGGGCCUGCAUCAGCGGGAGAUUUUCCUGUUCAAUGACCUCCUUGUGAUCACCAAGAUUUUCCAGAAGAAGAAGAACUCGGUGACGUACAGCUUCAGGCAGUCCUUCUCCCUCUACGGGAUGCAAGUGAUGCUGUUUGAAAAUCAGUAUUACCCCAACGGAAUCCGUCUCACCUCAGCGAUACCCGGCGCUGACAUCAAAGUCCUCAUCAACUUCAACGCGCCCAACCCCCAGGACCGCAAGAAGUUCACCAACGACCUGCGAGAGUCCAUCGCCGAGGUCCAGGAAAUGGAGAAAUACAGGAUAGAGUCUGAGCUGGAGAAGCAGAAAGGGGUGGUGAGGCCCAGCAUGUCGCAGAGCUCCGGACUGAAGAAGGAGGCGGGGAAUGGGAGCAUGAACCGCGCCAGCCUGGACGACACCUACGCCAUGGGCGAGGGUCUGAAGAGGAGCGCCCUCAGCAGCUCGCUGAGAGAUCUGUCUGAAGCAGGCAAGCGUGGGCGUCGCAGCAGUGCAGGAUCACUAGACAGCAAUAUGGAAGGGUCCAUCAUUAGCAGCCCACACAUGCGCCGGAGAGCCGCCACCCCUCGCGAGGGCCCGACCCGUGACCACCCCUCCAUCCCAAACUCGGCGUCCACCUCCAUCCUGGGGUCACUCUUCGGCAGCAAAAGAGGAAAACCGCCCUCCCAGAGUCACCACCCCGCGCAAAGCCACCCCACGCUCAUCUCCCACAAGCCCCACCCUACCAACUUGCACCACACGGCGCAGGCGGCACAGCACCACAGUCACCACCCGCCGCACUGCCAGAUCCCACAGAACCCGCCGCCGUACCAUCACCACCACCACUACCACCCGCCGCCCCACACGCAGUACCACAACCACCCCGCCUACUCCUCGCACCCCCACAGCCACUACAGCCAGCACUCCCACCACAGCUCCCAGCAUGCCCCACACCACCAAGCGGGGUCGGCCCCGGGCGGCCCCAAACCCAAACACAGUGGGAUCAGCACCGUAGUGUGACGCUCCUGCGUCAGAGCGGAGAACUUUGAUACACCAAAGGGACUGAGAGCGUAACUCUAUGGCCUGUCCACUGUGUCCUCCGGCGGCUCACCUCCGACUUAUAUGCAGGAUGGAAUUUGGACUUCCACCAGGGGCCUUCAGCGAUUCUGGCCUGGGAUUUUAUUGUACAGGAAGUUGUUAUCCAUGCCCCAGUCUCCACCCCUCUCCGGACGAUGAGAAACACAUGGACGACUGUUUUCUCUGUUGCGUCAUUUCAGCCCAUUUCGUUUUUGUCCUCAAAUACGGAUCUACCGUCCUCGAUAAGAAGCUAGCCCGUUCCCAUUUACGCAACUGGAGUCCUACUAGUGCUGUAUUUACUGUAGAUGACCGUGUUGUCUCUAGCGCUCAUCGAUAAAUGUGCCAAUUAUUGAACUAGUUAGUCACCACUUCCUGUACAGUAUAGUGUGCGUUAAGUCAUCCAUAGGAUUAUACUUAUCAGUGGAAUCCAUCAGUAUUAUGACUGAAGGAGCUUCGGAACAGUUUCCCAGGAAGCUUGUUCGAUCAACGACGAACUGACAAACGUGCAAUAUUGUUUUGGAGAACAAGCUCAUUAUUUAUUUCCCCCAACCCCCACUUCCCUGUCGGUCCAAGGUGCGGAUUUCGGUGGAAUGUCUUAGUGAGUGACUCUUUGCAUGUGAUGUUGUUAAAGCGUCCGCACAGUGUAAACAAAUCAGUGUUAUCAUACGAAGUGCAAUCAUGUCCGAUAGAUUUGUCGAGCAGAUUCAGGGGAAAGACCUUUUUUUUUCGAAAAAAAAAAAAGAAAA